AUGGUCUCAAAUGGCCAAGGUUACCUAAUCGACUUUGGUGCUUCCAAGCUGUGCCCAAAUCGCUACUUAUCUCGAGAGCGUCUCGAGAAAUGGAAGCAGGAUGAAGUCAAUAGCCUUGAGUAUUAUCUAUUUCGACUCCAGUCUCUCAAGCGCUUCCAGGGUAUUCAACUCACUUCUGCUACCACCGCCGAAGAAGCAUACGGCGGUGAGCUUAACGAAUGGAAAGAGAGGGAGUUUUCUAAAUGA